UUGAACUGCUUGCCAAACUGGGGUGCUUCGUCGAAGAAAGGUACGAUCUUUCUGUUCGGGCGCAGGCCCAAACUCCUCCGGCGAACAGCCCAGCCGAAGCAAAUUACGACAACCUUCGAGAUUAAUGGUGGCGCUACGGUUGUUCCAAUUGCAGAAUUGAUCCACGAUUGAUGGAAGACGGCGGCGAACAAGAGAUAUGGAGUUGGGGAGCAGGAACCGACGGGCAACUGGGCACCGGACGACUCGAAGACGAGACCCUCCCUCAACUCCUCCUGACUCCGCCACUCUCCUCCGCCGCCGCCAUCUCCACCCUCUCCUGCGGCGGCGCUCAUGCUAUCGCUUUGACGUCCGGUGGUGGGGUGCUCACAUGGGGAAGAGGCAACUCGGGGCAGCUGGGGCUAGGGGACACGGCGAGCAGUUUACACCCUAUGCCGGUGAAGGGGUUGGAAAGCUACUGCAUAACCCACGUUUCUGCCGGAUGGAGCCAUUCUGGUUUUGUUUCGGAUGAAGGGAAGCUUUAUACUUGUGGGGAUGGCUCGUUUGGGCAGCUUGGGCAGGGUGAUUACCAGUCAUGUAGCCUCCCUGUUGAAGUCUCUUUUUUCUCUGAUAAACAUGUUGAUCAUAUUGCUUGUGGGAUGCGCCACUCGCUUGCAUUGGUCAAAGUUUAUGAUGAUGAUGCAGGUUCUUCAGGUGUUCAAGUUUAUGGAUUUGGAGCUGGGAAGCGAGGUCAAUUGGGUAUCUCCAAGAAGACUCAAUCAACUAAUCUUCCUGUACUCUCCUUGGGAUUGGAAGCUGCUGAAAUAGUUGGCAUAGCUGCAGCUGGAGAUCACAGUGCUGCAUUAUCCACUGAUGGGCGUCUCUACACUUGGGGAAGGGGAUUCGACAGCAAUUCAGAUGCAUAUUCUCCUCAACAUCUACCUUCGUCAUUAUCAUUCAAAAAAGUUGCUCUUGGAUGGAAUCAUGCACUAGUUUUAACCGAUGAAGGGGACGUUUAUAUGCUUGGUGGCAAACAUCACGGAUCCUUGAGCGAUUCUGAAAGGCUAAAUGCUGUGAAGUCUUUGCCUGGUGAUUUAGAGGGAGGAAAUCUCCGAGCAGUCCCUGCUCUUGGUGGAACAAAAAUUUUGGAUAUUGCAGCUGGAGCCGAGCAUUCUGCAGUCGUGACAGAGGACGGAGCUGUAAAGACAUGGGGUUGGGGGGAGCAUGGUCAGCUGGGCUUGGGAGAUACAUUUGACCACACCAACCCACAGACGGUAAACCUAAGCCUCAAACUUGAGAGGGCAGCUUUUGACAUCAAAAUCUUCAGUGGCAGUGGCUUUACGGUUGCUAUAACAACACACCAUGUUGCUCCAACUCCCACCAACUGAAAAACUGUAUUGAAUUUUCGAGUUAUUCAGAUCAGUUCCCUGGUAGCUGGCCUGUCAUCGUGUCAUUAUUUUAACUUUAUGGUAUUUGAAUAUGUAACAUAUGAAAAAGAAAAUCAAUGAAGAGCUUAACAAAAGAGAUUAUUGAUUCACCGUCA